CAUCGCUUCUCCACGUCAUUUAUUCCUUUUUUUUUUCUUCUUCUUCUUCUUACUUUAACCUCACCCAUUACAUUACGGUUACAGUUUUCUUUUUUAUCUUACUCGAAUUCUGUUUAUUUUUUUUAUAUAUACCAAAGUAUUUAUAUUACUCCUCCCCCCUCUUCAUUAUAUUCUUUUUUUGACCGCGUAUCAUACGUUUCUUUUUAAUUCAUUAUAUACAACUUUCAUAUUAUGUUUAGGUCAACCCGACUGUUUUAACUUCGAUAUUUAUAUUACUUGAUUCAAACCAUUUAUUCUGUAUAUUACAACUUACUCUUUUACUUUAUUCUUACAUAGACUGUAUACACCUUUUUUUAUUAUUUUUUAUUUUUAUCCCUUUUUUUUUCUCUGUUUGUCUAGCUACCAUCAUCUUUUUUUUAUACAUAUCAAUCCAUUCCCUCUUCUUUAUAAAAACAUCAUGCCAUCACAAAAGACACUUUCACCAAUGCAAAUCUAUUCUACUGCCAUUUGUUUCGGGGACGUUACUCGGGACGAAAUUAACAAUGUAUUAACCGAAGCUGGUAUAUCAUUAAUCCCUCCAAGCAAAACACCUUUUGCUACUGGUAUCAAACGAAGACGAAGAAGGAAACCAAAACAAUCUAUAGCUUCAAAACUGACAAAUAUGACAAAACCUGAUAUAUCCUCCUCCUCAUCUUUAUCAUCAUUACCAACGUCUUCAGCAUCCUCUUCUUCCACAUCCUCAACAACUCCAUCACCAUCAAUAUCUUUGUCACAAAUACCGCCAACUACAACUCUGGACACAAAAUCAAAUGACACAACAAUUUCAUCACAAAUAACAACGGCUGCGCCAACCAACACAAUUACAAAUAAAGCAACAUCUCCUUCUUCAACAGCAACAACAACAACAACUAAAACAACUACACCCACUUCAACAAAAACAAACGGUACUACUACAACUCCUGCUUCUCCUGCUAUUAAACCACCGACUAGUUGGGCUUCUCUACUGAAACCAACAGGUGACAAAGUGAAAUCUACAACAACAUCUACUUCUUCUCAACAAACUCGUACAGCUGUCUCUGGUCAUUCAACAACAACUGUAUCCACUCCCAAGAAAUUCACCGGUAUUGCUGAUAUUAUACAUCAAUACGAACCUUCUUAUAAAGUACCUCUACUGGAACCUCGCGGAUUGAUCAAUAAUGUCAACACCUGUUUUAUGAAUGUUAUUCUCCAACCUCUUUCACACUGUCCUCCUUUUUACAAUCUUGUCAAAACCAUUGGCCAACAUGUUGUUCAUAGUUUCAAGAGUCAAACGCCAUUAUUGGAUUCUUUGAUUGAAUUCAUCAACGAAUAUCGUCCUCAAAGUCAAGAUGUUGAUUAUGGAGAACCUUUUGUACCUGAAUAUGUUUAUGACGCUCUCCGUGGACAAAAGCGAUUUGAUUCACUUCGGGGUCGACAAGAAGAUGCUGAAGAAUUUCUAUGUUUCUUAUUGGAUGGACUUCAUGAAGAAAUGGUAGGCGUUUUGAAGGAACAAAUGGAAAAACGAGAGGAAGAACAGAAACGGACAACUGGAAAUGGACAAAACGAUUGGCUUGAAGUUGGACACAAGAAUAAAACAGCAAGUUUACGAACGACUGGGUUUGAAGAUUCGCCUAUCAAGAGGAUAUUUGGAGGUACUGGUCGAUCUGUAUUGCGAUGUCCUGGUGCCAAAGAUUCCGUUACUGUGGAACCAUAUCAAUCAUUACCUUUGGAUAUUCAACCUGAUAGUGUUCAUUCUAUUGAAGAUGCCAUCCGCAACAUGACAUUGCCUGAAAUCAUGCAUGAUUACAUGUCCCCCAAAGGUAUUCGUGUGGAUGCAACAAAACAAGUUUAUCUGGAAAACCUUCCUCCUGUGUUGAUUCUUCAUGUCAAGAGAUUUGUCUUUGACAAUGUCGGAGGUGUUCAAAAAUUACGAAAACAAGUGACUUAUUCUUCAAAAAUGACAAUCCAGCCAGAUUGGAUGGCAAGACCUUCUCCUCCUGUCAAUUAUCAACUGUUUGGUGUAGUCUAUCAUCAUGGUAGUUCUGCGGGUGGUGGACAUUAUACUUGUGAUAUCAAACGACAAAAUGGCGAAUGGCUCCAUAUUGAUGAUACAACCAUUGUCCCGGUCAAGGAAGAAGAUGUCUUGGUGACCGAAAAAAAUACCCAAACACCUGAACAACAGCAACAACAACAACAACAACAACAACAACAACAAAAUGAACAAACUGCUUAUAUUUUAUUUUAUAUGAAGUGUUAGGUUUACUUGUUAUUUGUUUUAUAUAUAUUUUUACCAUUUGUGUCCUUCCCUCCAUCCAAUUGAUCUUAUUUAUUUUGUGUGCCUUUGGACUCCUUUCCCCUUCCCCUGUUUUUUUUUUUUUUUUUGUGUCCACC